AUGCGGCUCCUGCUGCUGCUGCUCCCCGAGCUGCUCCUCCUGGUGCCGGCUCAGAAGUUCUCCGCGCUCACGUUUUUGAGAGUGGACCAAGACAAAGACCGAGAAUGCAGCCUGGACUGUGCAGGAUCCCCUCAGAAAUCACUUUGUGCUUCUGAUGGAAGGACUUUCCUGUCCCGCUGUGAAUUUCAACGAGCAAAAUGCAAAGAUCCUCAGUUGGAAAUUGCAUAUAGGGGCAACUGCAAAGAUGUUUCCAGGUGUGUGGCAGAGAGGAAAUACACCCAGGAACAAGCCCGCAAGGAGCUUCAACAAGUUUUCAUUCCCGAGUGCAAUGAUGAUGGCACAUACAGCCAGGUUCAGUGUCAUAGUUACACAGGAUACUGUUGGUGUGUCACUCCCAAUGGACGUCCAAUCAGCGGUACAGCUGUAGCACAUAAAACUCCACGGUGUCCAGGGUCUAUAACUGAGAAGUUGCCACAACGAGAAGGUGCAGGAAAUACAGAUGAUGCCUCAGCUCCCGCGCUGGAGACUCAGCCUCAAGGUGAUGAGGAAGAUAUAGCUUCUCGUUACCCUACAUUAUGGACUGAGCAAGUAAAGAGUAGGCAAAACAAAACCAAUAAAAAUUCAGCAUCGUCAUGUGAUCAAGAACUUCAGUCAGCACUGGAGGAAGCUAAACAACCCCAAAAAGACAAUGUGUUCAUUCCAGAGUGCGCUCAGGGUGGCCUUUACAAGCCCGUGCAGUGUCAUCCUUCCACAGGCUACUGCUGGUGUGUUCUUGUAGACACAGGACGUCCCAUCCCUGGUACAUCAACUAGGUACGAACAACCUAAGUGUGAUAACAGCGCCAGAGCUCAUCCAGCCAAAACAAAGGAUUUGUACAAAGGACGCCAGCUUCAAGGUUGUCCAGGGGCCAAGAAGAAUGAGUUCCUGACCAGUGUUCUGGAUGCACUCUCCACCGAUAUGGUCCACGCAGUCUCCGAUCCAUCAUUGUCUUCCAGCAGGCUUUCAGAACCUGAUCCAAAUCAUACUCUGGAAGAGAGAGUGGUCCACUGGUAUUUCAAACAACUUGAUAAAAAUUCCAGUGGCGAUAUUGGCAAAAAGGAAAUCAAGCCAUUCAAGAGAUUCCUGCGAAAAAAGUCAAAGCCCAAAAAAUGUGUGAAGAAGUUUGUAGAAUACUGUGAUGUGAACAAUGACAAAUCCUUAUCAGUUCAAGAAUUAAUGGGUUGUCUGGGAGUAACGAAAGAAGAAGGUAAAGCAGACACAAAGAAACGCCACAAUAUAAAACCAGAGGAUCACAAUUCCUACCUUGGUUCCCCUUGGCUCCAGCAGGAAGCAAGUUCCAGCAGCCAUUUACAGGCCCCCAAAAAUAAUCCUGAAAGCACUUCCUCCAACAGGCAGCAAAGCUCUAAGAAGCAAGGAUGA